CUUCGCUGUCCCCCAAAUGCCCCUCAUCCGCUGGAUCUGGCAGCAUGCCCCGCAAUGGAGCCGCGCCGCCUGGCGGCUUCCGAUCUGUCAAAUCCGCACAUCGAAUCAAGAAGAGCACAUGUUUCGAUCCCUCCACCCGAUUGGCCGCCGAGGAAGAGCAAGAGACCGUUGCAUCAGGGCAGUUCUUGCGUCUUGCUUGGAGACUGUCCCGGCCGCCUGCACACCUCAGUUGGGUAUCCCGUGCCUUGUGUGCGCAUGGCACAGUAAUUUAUUACCGUACUGGAUCUGCCUUGGAUUACGUCUCUUUUCGUGGUUCCUGACUCGUGG